AUGAGAUUUUCAAGGUCGUUAAUGGAGCACUGGUUUGACCCCAAGAGUUACGUACCACAACGACUCGCUGAAGGCCAAACUGUGCGUAAUAAAACGUUGGUGAAGGAAUGGCACCAGUGGAGGGCAUACUUUUCAGGGCGAGGAGAUGAGGAGCGGCAAAAGGCUUCCAGCUCUGCAAGUAUAACGAUCCCGGCUGUGCAGAGCUGGCGCGUUGAAGCUGAAUCGCAAGCAGCAACGGCGACCUCUAGCCAAGACGCCAUACCGCCUAGUGCUAUCGAGGACAAUGUUUGGCAACUGAAUCCAACAUCCGCCGCGUUAACAUCACCGUCAAUAUCACCACUGUCAUCCAAUAAGUUGGGACCCGGGCCUCUCUUCGAGCUCAGGACUGCUUUUGCCGCCGCUUUCCAGUCCUUCAUUGGUCAUCCAUGGAGACUGCCCUCUGGAACAGUUGUGGAUGAUGUACAGGACCAAGCCGAGAAUAGGUACGAGCUUCCAGCCUUCAUGAUCCAUGAGAUGAGAAAGUUUAGGAAGGGGCCUGAGCAGCUGCAGGAAAUGCUCAGCUCUGGCUGGCGGGGCCUUGAGCUAGGAGAUAAGAAUGAUGGCAUCUCGGUUAGUGCUUUGGAAGCUUUCCGAGCAUGCAUGUACCACUCCAUGUUGAAUAUGUACAUGGCGUACUCCUCUCAGAAUUUCGAGUUACCAAAAUCGCAAUCUGAGAGCUGGUACAGGACAUUUAUUUGGGGAUUCCUUCCUCAGCUCUUUUCUUCAGGACGCGCCCUCAUCUAUGAGCCAGGUGAAAAAGGUGUAUCUGCAUCAGCGGCCAGGAAGAACACCCACCGUGACCUCAGCGUUCCAUUCAAACGAGGGCACAUGGCUGAUGGGAUCAUUUCUUGCAGGAGCAGUAACUGCGAGCUCUGUGCCAUAGAGUUCAGCAAGUUCGAGGAUGGGCCAACUGCCACGAAAGUUCUCGAGGACUCCAGGAAGCUUGGGAAAAUGCUCAAAGAUAUGUUUGACGCCAUCAUGAGCAAAUGUCAAAAGCCAUCCAUUGUCCAGAAGAGCUUGAGGGCCUAUGGCUUGGUCAUUUCUGGCCGAAUUAUUUACUUUAUCUCAGUGCGAUACCUCGAUGGUAGGUAUUUCCGAUUACAAACCGAGCAGGUCAUGGCCCUACCCUCAGUUUGGGAUCGGGAGAGCAUCACCUGCACGAUUGUGGCUCUGCUCUCAAAGCUUCUGAUCUUCAAGCAGCGUAUGUUGGAGAUGUCAGAGAAAGUAAUUGAGUGGACCCAGGUUGUAGACCUUGAGGACAUAAAGCAAAUGGCCCAUAGUUCCUCCCUAGAUGACGAGGGCGCAUUUAGCGAAUUAAUGACUUGUAGCUCGCCUUGA